AUGGUAUCAGGUCAUAAUGAUGGUCUUGGCGUACAACGAGAAUACAUUGUAAAUGCAUUGGCAAACGAUGAAUCAUUGUUAAAUGAUUUCUUACAAUUUCGUCAACAACAACAAGCACAAUGUCGAAUUCAAAAAACAGGACACAAUGUAUCACCGUACUAUGAAAAGGUUUCGUCAAAUAAACCAUUAAUUCACAAACAACUAAAUCAAUCUAAAAAGAUGCAAUCAAGACUACAAGUACAACAAGAUGCAUCAACGCCAAACAAGUGCAGAUUAAAUGAUAGUGCUGAAUCAGGAGGAUUACCAACACCGAAACAACAACGAUCAGGUAAUGAACAAUUUCAAGAAAAUGAAAUAAUACUAGAUGCACCAGAUGAUAGUCAACAGGUGGAUACAACAUUAAAAUGCGUGAAGCAACACAAGAUUCCUUUCGAUCAAGUGAAACGGGCUGUUUCAAGCAAUCUUCCAUGUUUCUAUAUGACAUUUCACCCUACAAAUACAGAUCAAAAAG